AUAAGCUUCAAUUUUCAUUUUUGUUUUGAUUUUUUUUACUGAUCAAUCAUAUUAUAUCAACUCCAUAUUUAACUAUAGAAAUAAUCAAUUGCAAAAGAAUAAUUGACCAUUCAAGAAAAAUAGUCUUGUGUCUAGACUUUACUUUACCCCUUAUGACAAGAUAUAAACCACAUGCAAGAAAUACAAAAAGAAAAAACACACGAUUUUCCUAAUUAAGGUUGUUGUGAGUGUUACAAACAAUCAAUAAAAAAUGGAUGCAAAUGAAGCCAGAAUCCUACUCGGUUUCCCGCCCAAUUCGCGUCCAACUCCUUCCCAGGUUAAAUCAGCUUACAAACAGAAGGUUUGGGAAUCUCACCCUGACCUUUUUCCAUCUCAUCAGAAGCCUCUUGCUGAGUCCAAGUUUAAAUCAAUUUCCGAAGCUUACACAUGUCUAUUGCCCGGUGGAAAAGGAGAAGCUACAAAUUCAGCUGAAUAUUGGCGAGUUGUGAGAACCGGUGUUCCAAGAGCCAAUGGAGGAAGAAAAAAUCAUGCCAUGAUUAAAGUUCCAUUCCUUUUAAUUAUUCUGGGAACAGUUGCGCUUGGUGGCUUCAAUGCUUCAAGGGCUUACAAAAGGCAAAAGGAGGACUAUCCUUCACACAAUCCAUUUCUUCCUUGAUGACUUCCGAGCAGGAAUCAUGCGUGGAACUUCAUAUAUACUUCAAUUCCAAUUGAUGGUUAUUAAUACUUAGUAUACUCCUACAAUAUAUUUAAAUGUAAGUGAAAAUGAAUAAUUUGAAUCAAUAAAAGUUACAUGAUCAGUGAUUGCAAAGUGAACUCAUCCUGAUUCUUUGAAGGAAUGACAAUCCAUUUUAUUCUCGCUCU